AUGUCCGGUCUCGACGACCGCCAACUGCGUGAUGAGGCGGUACGGGACCGCAUUCGAGCGGCAGAGGAGUUCUUAGAUCCAAACGACCCUCGAGCACGGAGCUACCGCGCCGAUAUCCUGCUCAUGCUCAAUCGCGGCUUCCGACGCCUCACAGUCAGCAUAGACGAGAUCAGAUCGCAUAGCAGAGAAUUGGCAGAUGGCCUACUGAACACCCCCUUCGACUACUCGCAAGCCUUCGACCGCGCGCUCAAGAACAUUGUCAAUACCCUGGGAAACCGACCUGCGCACGAGACAGCAGAGGAGACACUGUACUACUGCGCAUACGUCGGCAGCUUCGGCCAGUAUGCCUGCAAUCCGCGGACGCUUUCGUCCCAUCUCCUCAACCACAUGGUCUCGCUGGAGGGCAUUGUGACGAAAUGCUCUCUUGUGCGACCAAAGGUGGUAAAGAGCGUGCAUUGGAAUGAGGCGAAGCAUACUUUCCACUUCAGAGAGUACCGAGAUCAGACUAUGACGGCAAACGGAGCAGCGAGCACGAGUGUCUACCCGACAGUGGAUGAUGAGAACAACCCUUUGGUGACGGAAUACGGAUACUGCACGUACCGAGAUCACCAGACAAUCUCGAUACAAGAAAUGCCGGAGCGCGCACCAGCUGGACAGCUUCCCAGAGGAGUGGAUGUGAUAAUGGACGAUGACAUGGUGGACAGAGUCAAACCUGGAGACCGGAUACAGCUGGUUGGUAUCUACAGAUCUCUCGGCAACCGCAACGCUGGAACGGGCAGCGCCACGUUCAAGACGCUGAUCCUUGCGAACAAUGUCAUACUCAUGUCUUCUAAGUCGGGAGGCGGAAUCGCUCAGGCGACCAUCACAGACACCGACAUUCGGAACAUCAACAAGCUAUCGAAGCAGCGGCGGAUAUUCGAUCUGCUGUCACAGUCGCUUGCACCCAGUAUCUACGGCCACAACUACAUCAAGAAGGCGAUCUUGCUCAUGCUGCUGGGCGGUGUGGAGAAGAAUCUUGACAACGGCACGCAUCUUCGUGGUGACAUCAAUAUUCUGAUGGUUGGUGAUCCUUCUACAGCAAAGUCGCAACUUCUGCGCUUCGUGCUGAAUACUGCUCCUCUGGCCAUCGCAACGACUGGCCGCGGAUCUUCUGGCGUUGGUCUGACAGCAGCCGUUACCUCCGACAAAGAGACAGGCGAACGAAGACUGGAAGCCGGUGCUAUGGUGCUUGCCGAUAGAGGCGUGGUGUGCAUUGAUGAGUUCGACAAGAUGUCCGACAUUGAUCGAGUGGCCAUCCACGAAGUCAUGGAGCAGCAGACCGUCACCAUUGCAAAAGCCGGCAUUCACACCUCGCUGAAUGCCCGCUGUUCGGUCGUUGCGGCAGCAAAUCCAAUUUACGGCCAGUACGACACGCACAAAGAUCCGCACAAGAACAUCGCUCUUCCCGACUCGCUUCUCUCCCGUUUUGAUCUGCUGUUCGUGGUAACAGACGACAUUGAGGACGUACGAGACCGACACGUCUCCGAGCACGUCCUGCGAAUGCACCGCUACCGCCAGCCAGGCACUGAAGAAGGCGCACCUGUUCGAGAGCAGCUCAAUCAAACCCUCGGUGUCGGCCUUGAAGAUGAAGCCAACGCCAAUAAGCCAAGCGAAGUCUACGAGAAGUUCAACGAGAUGCUGCACUCCGGUGUCACCAUCACAGUCGGCCGUGGCGCCUCGAAACGAGUGGAAGUUCUCAGCAUACCGUUCAUCAAGAAGUACAUCCAAUACGCGAAGUCACGGAUCAAGCCCGUCCUCACCAAGGGCGCCUCCGACCAUAUUGUUGCGGCUUACAGCGCGCUUCGAAACGACGAGAUGGAAGGCAACCAGCGCAAGACUAGCCCCAUGACCGCUCGUACGCUCGAGACGCUUAUUCGUCUGGCUUCUGCGCACGCCAAAGCCCGCCUCUCGAACCGCGUGGAGGAGAAGGACGCCGAAGUUGCUGAAGGCGUCCUCCGCUUUGCUCUUUUCAAGGAAGUCGUCGAGGACGAACGGAAGCGGAAGAGAGCCAAGCGGACACCAAACCCUGACGCUAUAUCCUCAGACUCCGAAUCCGACUCUGACGAUGAAGAUGGUGGAGGUGGAGCGUACAGGCCUGAUGCUGGUAGACGGAGCUCGCAACGAACGCCUGGCCGGAGCACACGAGGCGCAGCCACCAACGGCGUCAAUGGCAACGUUGCCGCAGGCGCCACCAACGGUGUCGAGGAGGAAGGAGACGAUGAGCUUUACACCUCCACUCCCGCCCGGGCACCGCGCAGCAGCCAAGCCAACGGCACAGCCUCUCAACCCCCCGACCUCAGCCAGCUCUCCCUCGCCUCCUCGCAACCCGCUUCACAACUUCUCGGGUCCACGCAAACAGACACCCAGGACGCAGACGGCGAAGCCGACGCAGAAGGCGAAGAAGCAGAACCAGCUUCCCAAUUCGGCACCAUCUCCGCGGCGCGCCUGCAGACUUUCCAAACCGCCCUGGGCCAGAUCAUCAACGGCCCGCUGUUCCAGAACGACGUCGCGGACGUGGAGCCCUGUAUCGCAGCGGUGAAUUCGAGAUUGAGGGGCGGGGAGGCGCGGUUUGAGGAUCGCGAAGGCAGGGCGGCGUUGACGGAGUUGGAUAAGAGGAAUAAGAUUAUGUUUGCGGGGGGGAUAUUGUAUAGGUUGUAG